ACAUCUGAAUGCAUCAUCCCAUGGAUUUGGUUAGUUGAUCAUGGGAAAUGAGAUGGGGAACUACAACACACCAGGUUUGAGAGAUGAAGAGAACCCUGCAGUUGAAGUUGGCGAAAAAUCUUUGGUAGGAAAUGCUAAUGGAAAUGACAUAAAAGAAGAAAAUGAAAUAGUACCUGCAGCUGAAGGAAAAUAUUUUCAUGAAAAAGUUACUAACUUGGCUUCUGAUGAUCCAGAGAGAAUAGAAGAUCCUUGUGUUGAUUACCAGACAUCAAACAGAACUGAGCAAGAAGUUACUGAAGUUCAUCCUCUUUCUGAAUCUUCAAAAGUUACACCAGAAACGAAUGAAGCGGGUGAAGGAGACAGUAAAAUGGAACUGGCUACAUCAUUGAAUGAUUCAGGACAUGAUAACCCAAUAGAGAAGAAAAUGGAGGAGACUGAUCUGCAAGGAACAAUCAAACAACAAUUUGAGAAGCAGGCUUCUUUCAAGAAAGAGGAAGAGGGAGCAAUAUCUACAUCACAUGAUCCAGAACCUACAGAAUCUAUACAUUUAGAGUUGAAUCAACAUGAAUUGGCUACAAUUCAUCCUGAUGACCAAUCUGUAGAUGACAGUGGAUCUUUACAAGGGAAUGAAGACUGUCUAGGAUCAAGUUUGAUUUCCGCUUUUGAGGUGAAAGGUCAUCUCUCAGACACUGAGGCAUUGAAAAAUAUGGAUGAAAAUGUUGAUUCUAACACAGAUCCAGUUAUGGAGAAGGAAAGGGAUGACUUAUUACUGGAGCAAAAGGCAUCCCAAGAACAAUUAGAGUCAUCUGAAGAGAAGAUUGAAACUGAAGAUGGAGAUAAGUUUGAAAAUGGAUUGACCACCAUAACAACAAUAGCAUCCAAUGGUCUGAGUGGCUUAGGAAAUGAAAGUGUUGGAGAGCUUCCAACUGAGAUGAAUUUUUUAAAAAAUGAUUGCUCAGAAUCAGAACCAGAAGUCAUUCCAUUGACUAACUCACCAAAUUCUCAUCUAGAAGUUCCUGAACCAGAAGACAAAUGCAUAAUUCUUAAAGAGGAAAUUAGACCAAUCGAAAAAGAGUCAGACAAUGGAGAACAUAACCAUGAUGAUAACCCAAUCCAAACUUGUGGAGAGUCAGUGAUAGAAUCAGAAUCCUUCAAGUCAAGUGAGCCUCAGUUUGAAGCUGCCAAGAUCGGGUCUAUACAUGAGAACAGCAAAAAGAUAAGUGUAUUUAAUCCUUUAAGCGACAAGGAUUGUCAAACUGAGGAGACAAGGGUUGUUGAGAAUGGUCACCUAGUUGUCAUGUGUGUUAACAACCAGAAUGAGGCUUCUGAGGACCACUUCCUGGACUCAGAUGCAAAAGUUGAGGUGGUUCCGGAACUUGGAACGGUUCCACCUGAGUUAACUAUCCCACAUUGCAACCACAAGGAAGAGGAAUCAACAGAGAAGAGAGCUGUUCAACAAAAUGGGGAUAACACAGAGCCAUUGUAUGCAAUUGAAGUAGGAGGAACAGAAACAACAGAACAGUUUCUGUCUCUACAACUUCCAGUUGAUCAAGCAAAAGUUCUGCCCAGUAAAAGUGUAUGUGGAUAUGGAACUGUUCAAAGCACCAAUGACUCAAUCCUAAAUUUGAAGCAAGAGAGUCACAGUGAGUUCCUUGCUACUGAAGCUUCCACUGGUGAUUGCACAAACUGGAUAGCUGAAGCAUUAGCCUCCAUGAACAAGUUGGCACUUGAUAUUCCUGGUCAACAUGUUACACAACAUACUGAAGCAGUUCAAGCAGCGGCAGAAACUAAAAUUUCAGCCAACCAUUCAAGUGAACCAUGUGCAAAAUUUGAAGCAUCUGAAUCUGCAAGCUGUGGUUCUGAAACACAAGAAUGUAUGGGAAGGUACAGCACUGAAUCAGAUGCUGAUAACUUGAAUGUUCGUGGUCGGAUACAAAAAUCUCCAAGCUUCAGCCUUGAUCUCAAAAAUGAAGCAAGGACUGAAGAAUCAGAUUGUACCCCUUUGCUGUAUCAUGAUAAGGCUGCGAUGGAAGGCUCACCAUGCCACGGUGAUGAUGUUAGUCUCGGAAACCUUAUGAAGCACACCAGCUAUGAGCCAGACCUGCCACAGUACCAAGCAAUGCCAGUGGAAGAGAAAAUCAUUACACUGGAAAGAGGUGACUCAGACAAGUCAAAGACUCCAUUCAUAGGAUUCUUGAAGGAAGAGGAAGAAGCCCGAAUUGUUGUUACACCACAUAUACAUGAUAAGCAUUCAGCUACUCAAAAUUCAACCAAGAAUCUGUUGGCCUCACAUGCUAAAGAAGCUAAUCCAACUACUUCAUCAAAAGGUAAAGAGAAGCGCAGGCACCGGUCUUCUCUCUUUACCAACUGCAUGUGUUGUGCAACUGUGAUUAACUGAAUGCCUCUUAAUUCAUCUGUUUUGAAUAUAUUGUUUUGUUUGAUUUUCUUUAUAAUUGGAGUUUUCUGGGAAAUGGAGUUUUGAUGAUGAGGAGAGAAAGACUGUUGUUUUGCUUGGUUAUAGUAUAUUUGAUUUUGAGAAGCCAAGAAAGAGUGAGUAUGACUUUCUGCAACCAUGGCAGCCACCCCAUUGUUUGUGUUGUUUCCAUUUGU